CUGGCAUCUAUGUUUUUGAUCUGUGUUGACGUUAACUAUACAUACCUCACUGUUGAGGAGUCGCACGCACAAGUAGUUCCAGUUGAUGAGAAAGGCAACCCUACUGAUCCAAUCAAUUACUAUCUAAUUAGUCUAACUAUUAAUUCUGGUAAAACUCUCAAAACAUGCAUUAAGGAGCUUCUUCAAAGCCAAAAAUUUUCUUUAGACACUGCUCAAGAUGGCUUUGGAGAAUGCAAAAGCGUCCUUGGUUAA